CAAACUCAUCAAAAACAGAGUAAGAAAGAGAGAAAGAAACAGAGCUUCAGCCUUCAUGGAAUUCCCUUGCAAGGACUUCUAGGUGGGGAAAUGCGCGGGCCAGAAACUGGUCGACCGUGAAGUGAUGCCAGUGGUUCUGCAGCCGGCAAACGCUGACAAGGCUGAUUUGGAGUCGCUUGUCUCGGCUUUAAAGAAGAACAGGAAUUAGUUCGAGCAGAUGAUCAUCAAAAACAGCGCUGUCCUGCUCCGAGGUUUCGAUCUCCAGAAAGCAGAGGAUUUCAAUGACAUUUUGGAAACCUUCGAUUGGGAUGAUAUCCGAUACGUCGGUCCGGCACCAAGAACCCAUGUCUACAAACGGGCAUGGACCGCCAAUGAAGGACCUCUGGAGGAAUUCAUAUACUACCACCAUGAAAUGAUUCUGAUAAAGCAAUGUCCAUUGAAAUUGGAACUUUUCUGUGAGGUGCUGCUGCCGGAAGGUGGAGAGACACCCUUUGUUCCGAGCUUUAAAGUGACAGAACGGAUGUUGGAGGAGUACCCGGAAGCCGUAGAGGAAAUGGAGAAAAAGGGGUUGAAGUACACAUUCACAGCUCUUAACAAGAACGAUACCUCCUCCAUGAGGGGUCGAGGUUGGGAAGAUGCCUUCAGAACAUCAGACCGUGAAGAGCUUGAAACAAGGGCGAAGGCACUAGGUACGAACUGCUCCAACACUUAGGAAAACCUGAGAAAUAAGAAUGUUUUUAGAUAGAUACUCUAAACACGCAAGUUAGUAAUACUUUAUCAUUUAUAAUACUCCAUAAUUUAGAGAGAAAUGCUCUCAAUAAAAGUAAUUAUAAAGAAAGAGAAGCGUAAAGGAGGUGGUUGAGGGUAUUUAUAAACCCCAUUCAUGACAGUGUCACCAUGUGUGAUCACUCUAUUGGUACACUUGUCUCGUAUCAAGUGGUUGUAUUGUUUCACCUGCACAUUUGGGCUAGCACUCUUUGGUCUGAAGCCAAUGUUGAGCUUGUUCCCCAACAGGUGGUGAAGAGAUGUGGAGAGAUAAUUGAAGAAGAAAGCAUACAGUUCAAGUGGAAGUGGGAGAAAGGAGAUGUUCUUUUCUUUGACAAUUUGGCUUGGCUCCAUGGAAGGAGGCCCUCAAAGCCCCCGAGAAGAGUCCUGGUUGCCACCUUCAAGCAGCUUUGGAUUCUACUUCCGUGGGUUUUUGUCCUUAAUUAAGCAACAGCAAGUUAAAAUUGUCACUUUUAAAAGAUCUAGAACAAGAGAAUGAUGUUCUUGUUCAGUUGUUCCAGUCUCUGUUUUCUCUUGGUUCUUCGUCUGAUAAUAAGACCAGC